UAUUCUCUUCCACUUUCAUCGUUUCCAAAUUUCUCUCCAUCUCUCAAACUUUAUCCUCCAUCUACAACACUCUCACAUUCAAAUUGUAUUCGAUUGAAAUUCAUAACAAUGGCGUCUUCUACUUAUGUUAUGGUGGCGUUGUUUGCUUUGAUUGCUGGAUCUGCGUUGGCUCAGUCACCCACUGGAUCUCCGAUGGUAUCACCGACGGCAUCUCCGACUGCGUCGCCUCCGUCUCCAGUUACAGCUCCUCCUACGAGCUCUCCGACUUCAUCACCGACUGAAUCGCCUCUAGCAUCUCCACCAGCUCCUCCUGCUCCUCUAUCUCCCAGCGGCUCUCCGUCGUUGUCUCCUUCUGGCUCACCUGUUCCGACCGCUUCUCCUACUUCACCGCCGAACUCCGCUAGCUUGAACAGACUCGCCGCCGGAUCUGUUGCCGUGGUUGCCUUAGCUGCUGCUUUGGUUAUGUAGAGAUCUGAUUUUGUGGAGAGAUUUUUCAUGGAGAUUAUCAUUCUUGUGAUACUUUUACUUUUGUUCAUUAUUUUUAAUUCUUAUUAUUAGUCGGUUUUAGGUUAUUAUUCCAUGUCUAUUUUACUACGAGUGCAUAGGCUUUUAUGAUUUUACUGAUCAUGUUAUUAUUGUUAUAUUAAUGAAUUCUUUCGUUAUGAUUA